CUGGUAACCAGAUGGCGCAAGCCAUGGAUUUCACUCACUUAUUAUUCUUAUCUCGUAAAAGAAAUCAUCACGGGAUCCUGAGGUCUCAUUUCCGUCGUGUUUGAGACUUUCUCUCAAUUUUCUUUUAUUAAGCUGUGGUGGGGAACUUUCUUCCUCUCACUUACACCUUUGUGUCACUCUGCGAUAAUACCGAGCUUCCUCGAACGGCAUCGAGCUGUCGCAUUCCUACAACUCGAGAUUCUUUUGAUCGGGAAUUUAUUUUGUUUCGCCUCGAAGGCAACAAUCAAAAAAGAAUUUGGGGCUUUGAUCUGAUUUUUUACCCUUGACGAUGGUUCAGGACACUGGAGCUGAUGAGGCGGGGCCCUCAGAAGCCCCUCCCCCGCUGCCCGAGGGAUGGACUGCGCAGUGGGAAGGCAAGACUAGAAAGUAUUACUACGUCCAAAUAAGCACAGGAGUUUCGCAAUGGGAGGUCCCUACAGAACCCGCCCCGACAGUGCCAACGCCGGGUGGGACCCCGCAGCAGACCACCGAUCCUUUCCAGAAACCCUCUGAUCCAUUGCAAUCGGCACCAGAGGCUGAGGCUGGAACAGCUAGAGGUUUCGAGGGUGGCUCUGAGCCUUAUGGCCAAGAUCGCGGGCUGGUAUCGGAUCUGGCGACAAAUAUGAUCUUUGGGAAGCAAAACAAGCAGAGCCACUCUGGUCUUGGUGGUCUCGCCAGCUCUUUCUUAGGUGGUCAUGGCUCUCAAGGCUCUUCACAACAACAAAGCUCCCACAGCGGCGGUGGCCUGGUGGGGCAGAUUGCAGGGAGCUUGCUCGGUGGUCACAAACCUCACGGUCAACAGCAGCAGCAGCAGCAGCAGCAACAAACUGCCUCAUCAACUGGCCACUCGCAAAGCAAUCUCAUGGGGAUCGCGGGAAGCAUAUUGGGGGGACAUACUCCGCAACAUCAAAACCAACAAUCCGGCUACGGAUAUUCAUCUGGUGGCCACUCGACAAGCGGAGGCAGCGCAUAUACUGGCCAAGCUCCGCCUGCUCAAUAUCAACCCUCUGGCCAGCAUAGCACCGGGACGACGCCAAGCCAUUUUGGCUCAUCCGGUACGUCGCAGCAGCACCAUGGCGUGCAACAGUAUGGCACCACUUCUCAGCACGGAUACGAUGGAGGCUCUCAGUAUGGUCAACCCUCCUCUGGGCCGUAUAACCCACAGCAAGAGCACCAAGGUGGAUUUGGCGGUCAUCACGGCCAAACAUCUAGCCAAUAUGGUCAGCACGGUGGUUACGGUUCGCCUGCCUUGGGAGGAGGACACAAUCAGCCAUAUGGGCACCAGCAGUCACAACAUCAGUAUCCACCGGCGCCUGGUACCGAGCCCUCGUACGGUCAUAAUCAGGCUUAUUCCCAACAAGCGAGCUAUGACUACCCGCCGCCGCCGCCAUUGAGUUCUCACCCGCAACACCAAGGCGGUAUGCCCGGUCAAUAUCCUCCCGGACAUGGCGGAUACUCUGAGCUUUCAGGUAAUCAGCCCGGUCAUGGCGGCUCCGGUUACGGGCAGGGUGGAGGCUACGGUAACUAUGGAGGGCCGCCAGCUCCCGAGUGGCGCUAAAGGUGGUCAAUAUUUGACAUUUCGAGAUUGUUUCAUUCUGCUUUAUUUUUUUUUAUUUCAUUUUUUUUUUACUUUUUCCCUUUGUUCAUGCCAUUUGCAGUUUCAUCCUCUUCUUGUGUGUCUAAAUUUGGGCUAUGAAGAUACCGCUGAGAUUAAAAGGUCGCAAGGUCGUAAGAGCAAUCUAUUACAAUUUGGGUAAUGAGCUUAAUUCAGUUGAUUUGCUGGUAACGUAUUUUGACGUUAUUUAUCGCCAUUUCAAGAAAUGAAACGACCUCGAUUCAACUCCAUCAAUAACUGUAAUUAAAUAAUUUGCUGUGAAAUAUAUUCAAAGACUCUCAAGCCAGCAAUAUUCACCAC